AGAAGCGAGCGAGGCGCGCGCGGGGGGGGGGGAAGGAGACCCGGAUGUGGCGCAUGCGCCACGGCCUCCGCCUGGACGUGUCUGCGGCAGCCCAGCAGCGGCGGCGGCAGCAGCAACAACAACACCAACACCACCAAGACGACGCAGGCGGCGGCAUUGGCCGUCGGUUGGCGCGUUCUUCUUCUCCCUCACCGCCCCGCCUCACGCUUCUUCUUCUCUCGGGCCUUUCCUCCCUCGGGGGCGCCCCCCCCGUGCGCGCUCUGUGAGGGGGCCUCCCCGCGCCGCCCCCCUUUCCUCGCCUCUCUCAGGGGGGCCUCCGGAGAGGGAAGCGGGAAGGCGGAACGAGAGGAAGCGGCGGCCUGAGGGGUAGGCAGGGGGGGCGACCCGCUCAGGCCCCCUUCACGGGCAGGCCGCAGCCCCGCACGGGGUCCCGACGGAGGCCCAGGAUAUGAAUCCUUUCAAAACAAGCUUUAAAAGUGUACACAAAGAUGAAUUAGUGGUACCAUUGGCAGAGAGGAAAAUUAAGCUGGAGCAAGCUCAGAGGUGUAAUCUGGAUACAGUCAUCUGGCCUACAGUCUAGUAGGCACCUGGUCUGAAAGUGUAAAUUCUACCAAAUGGACAAUAUGUCUAUUACUAACACACCAACAAGUAAUGAUGCUUGUCUGAGCAUUGUUCACAGUUUGAUGUGCCAUCGACAAGGAGGAGAGAGUGAAACAUUUGCAAAACGAGCAAUUGAAAGUUUAGUAAAAAAACUAAAGGAGAAAAAGGAUGAAUUGGAUUCUUUGAUUACAGCUAUAACUACAAAUGGAGCUCAUCCUAGUAAAUGUGUAACAAUUCAAAGAACGUUGGAUGGAAGGCUUCAGGUGGCUGGCCGCAAGGGUUUUCCUCAUGUUAUUUACGCAAGGCUAUGGAGGUGGCCUGAUCUCCACAAAAAUGAACUGAAACAUGUCAAAUACUGCCAGUAUGCUUUUGACUUGAAAUGUGACAGUGUGUGCGUAAAUCCAUAUCAUUAUGAGCGUGUUGUGUCACCUGGCAUCGAUCUUUCAGGAUUGACACUGCAGAGUUCUGCUCCCUCAGGCAUGUUGGUGAAAGAUGAAUAUGUUCAUGAAUUUGAGGGACAGCCAUCGCUCUCAGCUGCUGAAGGCCAUUCGGUUCAGACUAUCCAACAUCCACCAAGUAACAGGGCAUCUACUGAAACCUACAGUACUCCAGCCAUGUUAGCUCCUUCUGAAUCUAGUACUACCAGCACCACCAACUUUCCCAACAUUCCUGUUGCUUCCACAAGUCAACCCACCAGCAUGUUACCAGGCAGUCACAGUGAUGGACUUUUGCAGAUUGCUUCAGGGCCUCAGCCAGGGGCACAACAGAAUGGCUUUGCUGCUCAGCCAGCUACAUACCACCACAAUAGUACCACAACUUGGACUGGGAGUCGAACUGCAGCGUACACGCCUACCAUCCCUCACCAUCAGAAUGGACACCUUCAGCAUCACCCACCUAUGCCCCAUCCUGGACAUUACUGGCCAGUUCAUAAUGAACUUGCAUUCCAGCCUCCUAUAUCAAAUCACCCUGCUCCUGAGUACUGGUGUUCAAUUGCCUAUUUUGAGAUGGAUGUGCAAGUUGGUGAAACAUUCAAAGUCCCAUCAAGUUGUCCAAUUGUUACUGUUGAUGGAUAUGUGGACCCUUCAGGUGGGGACCGCUUUUGCCUUGGUCAGCUGUCCAAUGUUCAUAGAACAGAAGCCAUUGAGAGAGCAAGGUUGCAUAUAGGUAAAGGUGUGCAGCUAGAAUGUAAAGGCGAAGGGGAUGUCUGGGUUCGGUGCCUCAGUGAUCAUGCUGUCUUUGUGCAGAGUUACUACUUAGAUCGAGAAGCAGGACGUGCACCAGGCGAUGCAGUUCACAAAAUUUAUCCAAGUGCAUAUAUAAAGGUGUUUGAUUUACGUCAGUGCCACCGUCAGAUGCAACAGCAGGCUGCUACAGCCCAGGCUGCAGCUGCUGCUCAAGCUGCUGCAGUUGCAGGAAACAUCCCUGGGCCAGGAUCUGUAGGAGGAAUUGCUCCAGCCAUCAGUUUGUCAGCGGCUGCUGGGAUCGGGGUGGAUGACCUUCGUCGCUUGUGCAUCCUGAGGAUGAGUUUUGUCAAAGGUUGGGGACCUGAUUACCCAAGGCAGAGCAUUAAAGAGACACCCUGUUGGAUUGAAAUCCACCUGCACCGUGCGCUCCAGCUCCUAGAUGAAGUACUUCACACUAUGCCUAUUGCAGAUCCCCAGCCGCUAGACUGAGACCCCUUGCUGCCGUUAGCUGUUCUAGAGUGAGGAUGGUGGAUUGUAAAAUACCAUUUUGUUUAUUACUGGAAGAUAUAUUUUACUUCCAUUCUGCUUAACCUCUUAACCAGGUUUUAAAGAGAAAAUGUUUUUGCCACCUUGCUCUCAGCAGAAAGAGACAGAACUUGUUGUGAAUCUGAAGGCGUUCCCAGCUUCAGAUUUCAUUUUUGAGGUGGUCGGAAACUGGCACGAGCCAGCAUACUUUUUAUUGUGGUCUGUUGGUGUGAUCACUGCUAUGCCUGUUCCUUGGGAAUCUCACUUGGCUCAGUGGAGCUCCUCAGAAUUCUCAUUGAGAUGGCAUGAUGCUGUCACUUUGAACAAUCCUAUGCAUUUCAGGGAGCCCCGGAGGUCAGGUUCCAUUUAUGCAGUUAUUUAGCCUUGUCCUCAGUCGGUUCCCCCAAAAGAACAAAACCAUGUUGAUGAUUCUAAAGGGAGGAUUCUAGUGCUCUGUUCUACUGGGGCAUCUCUCAUAGGGAGACUUCUAUGUGAAAUAUUUAUAUUCACAAUAUUUUAAAAUACACUAAAAAUGGAUGGGCUUCAAAGCCGAGUCUAAUUUUAAAUGCGACAUGAACAAUACAGCCAGGAGAACUGCCGGUCAAAUUAUGUAAAAAAUGUUUUAAUGAUAGGAACAUAUUUUCAUCACUGUUCCCAACUGAUUUUAACUAACAUCAAUGAGCUUAUUAAACUUGUGCAGUUGAGAUAGCAUGGAUAUUUGUUUCAUUGAACUGAGAAUGCCGUCUUAGAACUUCAUAAUCAUGCUUAUGGUUGCAUCACUGAGAAUUUUGAUUUUAUUUUUAAAUCUUUCAAAAUUUCUACUCAGGGCAAGAUGGCAAACUUGUUUUUAUACCUCUUGGUUAUUUUAAGCUCUUUAUCCCAUCAAUCUAUCUUAUUUGCAUUGACUUUGUAUAGAGAAUUUCAAGUAGAAGUUGGAAAUGUAUUGGCUGUAUGACAGAUGCAAUAUUAUGCUUUCUCUAGUUAAUAAAACUAUUGGAAAAAUUCUCAGAACUAUGA